AUGAAGUCUGUCAAGCAGUUCCUUCAUUCCUUCGCAGCGAAUGGAAAGAGUCCGGAUAGGCUCAAGAUUUCUUCGGAAGAUGGCACGAUUACCGCUCUCGACGUGCGACCAGACAUUUUGGUCUCAACCAAGAAGGAUUUUCCAAUCAAGAAUAGCUGCCGAUCGGAAGCUCCCGACAUCAGGAUGGCCACUAACGCCAGUGGUAAGCCGUUUCCUGUGAUCUGCAACGUACGAUCAACGGAUCUCAAGACGUCCAAGCCAGUAACAAGGAACGAACCUUCUCCACCUCGUUCUAGCGGCGUGCGAGCUUUGAGAAAAUGCACUUCGAGCACCAAUGCAGGUGUCGCCGCGAGUGAAAGUCCGCCCGCUCAAGCCACGAGACGCCAGCCACUCGGCCUGCGAGUGUCUUCCGUCCCUUCUAGAAAGGACGAGACAUGCUCGGGUCGUUCCCUGGUUCCACCACCCGUGGUAACUGCGGUGCUUACGAAGAGGCGCGCCAAUGAAUCCGCGGUUGAACUGGGGAAGAGCACAUCCCAGGACGGCUGCACGAAGAGCCAAACUACCUAUUCCGGUGUUAGGACGUUGAAGAGGGCCACUACCGAACGCACAGCGCUGAACGAAUGUGCGACGCGGGGAGACCAUAACGUAAGUGGCCUUCCACAGCAGGACGGCCUUGCCCUGACGAGGAUACCGAGGUUUACGGCUGCUCCUCCACCAGCGGUACCACCACGCGUGCAAAAGCCAGUGGCCCAAAAACCAAUUACUGUUCGACGCAGUACGAGCGACAUUUCCCAGAGCGGAGGCGCUUCGAACGGCGGUGUUCACGCCGGCGAGAGACACGAAGGACAGCCUGUGGCCGGCGGUGCAGGACCAUCUAAGGCUUCUCUGAAACCAGCGGCCAGUUUCACUGCUCCGAAGACAAAUGAUAGCGAGGUAAUUGAGGCGCAGCAUACGCCACCAUGCGUGGAAGAAGGAGUCAGUGAGUCAAGCAGCUCCCAAGCCGAGAAAACGAGUGCGGUGGAAUCGGAAGAGGCAUCACCUGCCCCGGCGAAGAACACCGGAGGCAAAGGCAAGUCGAAGAGCCGUUGCCAAAGGCGCAUCUGGAGCUUCAGUCUUCCGCGUUUUAUGCGCUCUCAUUCGUCACCCAAGCUGAACUCCGACUCCAUGCCUAGUGAAGAAUCGCGAAGCUCCACUCUGCCGAGACUCAAGUCGGCGGACGACACCGACCUCUCGGCAGCAGCAAAAGAAGGCGAUGCGCACCUGUUCAAGAUUACGUCCCUGACCUCGCUUCAUGACCUGCCAGGCGACGCUGCUCCCAGGACGUGCUUCAGCCAGGGGGACCUCAACCAGGCGACGACUUCGACAAGAACUACUCAGUGCCAACGUAUCGUCGUUCGGCAGCAGGACGAAGGUUUUCGCUUGGUGAACGGACCUUCUCAGGACGCAAAGAAGUCGUGCUCGCUAGCCGAGAGUCACUCCAGUUCCGACAACGGAACGGACAACAGCGGGACCGAGAGGCCUUACGUAAUGCCUCCGAGAGCUCUCAGGAAGUACAUCAAAACUAACUUCCGCAGGCUGAACAUGCACGACGCGGAGGAAGCUGACACGACAAAAAAAGAAGACGAUGCGGUACUUAAGAUUAUCGUGAAAGAGGAUUCAGCACCUCAGCUGGCGUUGUCGGCGACAUCCGAGAAUGACGUCGAAUCCCUCCCCAGUAGGUCCUCACUGUCCUCCUGUUCAGACAGUGCGAGGGCUCAUCCAAACGACAAUACAGAGCGAGAAGGCAAUACCAAAGAACCAGAGGUAUCUCUAAAUUCUCUACCAAAAGUUACAGAACAGAUCGUCACCGAUCACGCUCGUACAGCUAGUUACACCAAAGAAAACAGCGAUGAUGGCUCAUCGAAGGCGCAUCCUUCAUCACUGAGUGCUCAUCGACUCUCACCGCCAAUGACCUGUUUCGACGUGGACGCAGAAGUCUUCUCCGAACACGCAGACAUACACCGGGCCAUACCUGCAACGGUAAGGUUAAUCAAUUCUGCCAACGGAGCAUCAUCCGCAUUAGAUUCUUCCGGUCAAAGCGCCCCGCCCACUACUCGGGUAUCGGACACGGACACGGCCGGCGCUGGUUGCAAGCCUCUCGUGAGAGUGCUUUCCUCUACCGCGGGAAAGGAGUGCUCGGAAUCUCUUGACGUGAGUGAUAGCAGCACGCAACGUCCACUCGCUGACCUUCCGGCUGUGUGCAACGGGGGAGGUGUCGGCGUUUCGACGAAAGACGGCGCGCUUUUUACGAAUGGUGCCCCGGCCGUUCCCGAGGAACUGGACAGGCAUGUGGACGGCGCCAGCUGCAGCGAGAGCCUCUCCUCGUUCGAGUCGGAGGUGGUGCUGCCCGACAAGCAGGAGAGGAAGGCGCACGGUGGCCACACCAGGAAGCUCAGGGUGCUCAACAGACCCACGUGCGGCUCGGGCGUUGCCGUGGCUCGCAGUAAGUGCGCCGGAGGGGCAUCGACGGGCUCGGGCUGUUGCUGCUGCUCGGGAGCAUCGGCCUGCAGCAACAGCGGCUGUCGGUCGUCUCGAGUCGCGGCUAACAGCAGCAAGAGGCACUUGUGCGGCGAGCGUGUCCGACAGCUGGAGGACGACGUGUGGCAGGCCGAGCGAGAACUGCUGCUCCUCAAGGAAAAGGAAUACUUGGCUUCCAUGGAUGGCCACCAGGGGGCCAGGGAGUUCGGAUGUGCCUCGCAUCAGCUCCGCGGAAAGUUGUUUGGUCUGGUGGAAAUUGUGCAGUUACAGCAAACAACUCCUACAAUCUCCUGCCUGAAGUUCUCUGGACCAUCUAGACCACGACUUCAGGACUGUGAGUACGUUUUGGGGCAUUUUAUGGCUAUUUUGGUGUCGACUGCGUCUCCGCCCAGCAAAGCCUAA